AUGGCGGCCCCUUCGAAGCAGUAUGGGCUUAUUCUGCCUCAGAAGAAAGGACUGUCCAAGACGGCAGCACUCCCCAGACUUUCAGUGUUUGGAGAGGAUUCUGAUGAGGAGACAUCUGUGGGGGAAACCUUACAAAAAGAAGCUGUCAAGAAAAAGAUGAUGAAACAAACUCAGUUGGCAAUGCAGAAAGCUCUGGAUCAGGACAGCACAGUAUACGACUAUGAUGCAGUGUAUGAUGACCUCCAAAAACAAAGACAAGAAACUAACAAGAAAACACUUGGAGGAACAGAUAAAAGGCCAAAAUACAUCCACCAGUUGAUGAAGGCUGUGGAUGAACGAAAGAAGGAGCAGGAGCGUCGAGAUGAGAGAAAGAUCCAGAAGGAGCGUGAGGCGGAGGGCGAGGAGUUUGCAGAUAAAGACGCUUAUGUCACGACGGCUUACAAACUGAAACUGCAGGAGCGGAAAGAGGAGGAGGAGAAGGAGAAGAGAGAAGCAGCACUAGAAGCUGCUUUAGACGUGAAGAAGCAGAGGGACCUCAGCGGAUUCUACCGACAUCUUCUGAACCAGACUGUGGGAGAGGAGGCCAUCCCGGAUCGUUCGAUGCCAAAAAAUGAAAGCUCUGAACCCGCCGCGGACCCCGAGAGCACAUCGCCCGACCGCUCUCCUUCCCCCAAAGACAAAAGCGACAGCGACAGCGACGGCGAGGAGAUCCAAGAGCAGAAAUUCGGGUUCAACAAGCCGCACUCGAAACGCCAGUACAGACAGAGGUCGCCGUCAUCGGGCAGCGGAGAGGAGCACGGCAAGGAGAAGGAGGAGAGAAGGAGGAGGAGCCAUCGGGACCACGACAAAGGGAGAGAGAGGGAGAAGGAGAGACACAGAGAGGGGGAACGAGAGGACAGACACCGGGACAGGGACCGGGACCGGCACGAUGGCGAUAGACACAAAGACCGAAGCAGCGAGAAGAGGAGAGAGAAGGACCGGGAGAGGGAGAGAGACAAGGAACGAGAGAGGGACAGGGACCGGGAGAGGGGGCGGGACAAGGAGAGGGAUAAGGGGAGAGAGAAGGAGGACAAGCACAAAGCCAGAGACCAUCAUCAAAAGAACGGGGAGAAAGACAAGAAAAGGUACUCUGAUAACGACAGGCAAAGAGACAAAGAGAGGGAGGUGGACAAAGACAAGAGCCAAGAGAAAAUGCAUAUUAAAACCGAAGCUGAAAGUCCUCAAAAGAGCAUCGAAACUGAGGAGAAAACCCCCGAGUCAGAGUCUAAAACGCUCAAAACGGAGUCGGAAACGCCUCAGAACAGCCGUGAGCACGAGCCGGAGAGCAAGGAGGAGGGGGGGAAGCGGAAAGACGAGGAGAAAGACAAGGAGAGAGACGGCGACGAGGCGGAGAAGGAGAGCAAGUUCGCCAAACGCAGCACCGAUCUCAGCGUGGGGACGGCGAGGGAACGGUACCUGGCCAGGCAGAUGGCGAGGGCCGGCUGCAAGAGCUACAUCGAGAAGGAGGAAGACUGA